GGUGCUUUAUCUAUAUUCAAAUGUAUGCUCACUACAUACACCACCUUAGAACCGCAAAUUAUUUCAUUUUCAUUCUUUAUCUAUAAGUAAUUGUCCUCUUAUUUGCAUGUUUGUAUGUAGAUAUGUGUUUAUGUGCACAUUUCUAUGUUUCACUUAGAUAUUAAGUUCCCCCGUGUUUCAGUCUUUUUAAAGUUUAUAUUAUAUGUAUAUUCAAUUUUAAUUUUUUGGUCAUCAUGUCCAUAGGUCAUGUAGAAAUAAUGUAUGUGUGUGAAGAAGAAUAUGAAAUACGUCAGUAUAUAUAUAUAAAUAGAUAUAUGUGGACUUUCUUAUUGCCUUAGUCCAUUUCAGUCAACCACACCACCACCAACCAUAUCUUACCAACAACCGAUUCUUUCCAAUACGAUUAUGGUUAUUAAUUUACUAUUUGUCAUAGUUCUCAGUUGUAAUUUAAUCUGAACACUGAAAGGACGAUAAAUUCAUCUUAUAUUCAGAAGGUGGAUAUAAUAUAAAUUACUAUCGUCAAUGCGAAUAGUAGUAUUACAUUCCGUGUAGUGAGUGGAAUAUUAAAAAAAACAAGGAUACGAAAAAAACUCCUUUUAUCUUUUUAACUUAUUCAGUAUAAAAAUAAUUGAGCAAAAAAAAGUAAUAAUGAAUAUUACAUUACUAAUGAAUGAAACAGACUCUAUCCAAUGUCAUCCGGUCAAUGUAAUCUCUGAUAGUAUAGAUGAUUAUACAAAUUUAUCAAAUGUACAGUAUAUACAUAAACAUAAUGCCAGUAAUAAUUCUAGUAAUAAUAAUACUAGUACCACAAAUAAUAAUCAUAAUCACAAUAUGCUUAUCACUAAUCACAAAAGCAAUACAAACAGUAAUACCAAUGAACUAUCAACUACAGAUUGUACUAAUUUAGCAGAUAAUUUGAAUUCUAGUUCAAAUUGUACUUCACCAAAUGGCUCAACACUUACCAUGUAUGGUACACAACAUCGUUUUAAAAUCAGCCCAAAUACAUAUCAUGAUAUGGAAAACGGAAACAGUUUGACUACUACAAGUAUUGGUCCUCGUCCGGAUACAGAUCUAGAUUCAGCAUUCCCACCGAAAAAGUUAUACACUGACGAUAUACCUGUUCUAGAAUCGUUUCCUGGAUUUUACGGUUUCGAUCUUUAUCGACCAUUAUGUGGUGAUACUUAUGAAGCAAGUGAAACAAAACCGAGUACUGCAUUUUUUUAUUUUAAAGAUGAACAAGGAUGGACAAAUUUGUAUGCGAAGAAAACACCUACAUGGUGGACAUUAUCCUAUUGGUGUCAACGUAAACCCCCAGAAGGUUCAUUCAUUCGUUUAACACCAGUUUACGGGGCAUCAGAUAAACAACAGGAAGUAAUCCAGAGAUGUUUUGAAGAUUUUAUGGCGAUUCCAACCGCUGGAAUGGGUCGUUACAGUAUAGUAAUGGUUGGUAAUUCAUUAGCUGAAUACUUUUUUGAUCCAAUAACAGAACGAUUAUGCGUUACUUUACCAUAUGAAACACCUAAAGAAGGAUGUGAAUAUAGUCAGUUCAAUGGAAAAUUUAUGUGUUUCAAUAGUUGUCUAUAUAAUGGUGGUCAAGGGAACAAGAAACCACUCUUUUUAAUUAUAACUUUAGAACGUUUAAUAACUGGGUCUGAUCCAAGUAAGGGACAUUGUGAAGUACUUGGACGUCAGUGCAUCAAAUUUCGCAGUUGCGCAUGUCCUAAACGAGAUAAAGAGAAUAACGAAAGGCGUACUGGAGAUUCCUUAGUAAUUAGUACUCCUUCACUAGGUAAACGCAGAAAGGAAUCAAACGACCGUAAUGAUCGACAAGUCAAACGGAUACGUUCAAAUCAAAGACCAUCAUCAGUUUGCAAUAUAAAUAAUAUCACUAAUGCCAGCAUUCAAAAUAAUAAUGGGGUAAAUUAUGAAAAAGAUACCAAUCUGUUACGUGAACAUAACUGGUUAUCACCGAAUAAUGAAUAUUUAAUAAAUGAUGAGAAGUGUCCAAGUGAACCGAAUGGAUUUGACGACAUAUUUGAUUAUUAUGGACAAGAAAAUGAUUAUGAUGGUUACGGGCAGAAUACAAUUCACUUCAAUGGAGAAUCAUACAAUCUCUUAUUAGUUCCGACAAAUUUACCUGGGGCUGUCGAAACAUUAUCGAGUGUACGUUAUGGUUUGUUACGUGCAUGGAUAUAUGCACUAGCUAAACAUCAUUAUCAUCAUCAUAAUCAACAAUAUCACAUGAUAAUGAAACAAUCACCCUUAACAAAUGAUUUAAACAACAGAAAAGAAACCAAAAGUGACGCUAACAUUAAUAAUCAUACCUCAUCAUUAAACAUUACAAAUAACGUGAAUACUAAUAUGAUGGUAGGCAAAAAUACUACAGAAAAACGAUCAGAUACUUCAGAGAGUCGAUACUACCCUACAGUAUCUGGAAAUUAUUCACACUCGUAUAAUCGUGCUGUAAUUGGAAGCACUCUGAAUCAUUGGCUUAAAACGGAGUCACACUUAGCUGCUCUAGUACGUGAAAGGAUUAAUUUAUUGAACAUGUAUCAACAGACUUAUCACUUUAGCGGUGAUUCUACUGAUUCACAACCGAAUUCCACGUUAUCUACUGGUGCUAUGGGAUUUAACGGUACAGGAAAUCUAGAUGAACCAGUUAAUAUAUUAAAUCAAGACUACUUUAAUUCAUCUAAUAUGAAUGGAUCAGUAGGUAGUGAAUUGAUGAAUUCAAAUUUACCACGUAAUUUGUCUAAUCAUCAAACAAAUAUAAUGCAAAAUAUGGCUGCGUAUAUUUUAUCAUCUACUAGUACAAAUACUACCACAUCUACUACUACAACUGCUACGUCUAUAAAUAAUAUCGGUAAUCGUGGGUUCAUUUACAAUACACCAAAUGCUGUUGAUACAAAUUGGUCAUAUGAAACAGAUUCUGAUUUAAGAACUGGUCAAACAUCUCACACAGAUCAGUUAUACGAAUCAACUCACCAAGGAUUAAUCAUAGGCAAUAACAAUAAUAAUAGUACUCUACAAGUUGUAUCAGAAUUAAUCGAUCCUUAUGCACUAGUUCAACACUUACCUCAGUCACUUUCAUCAUCCUCACCAGUUCAUCAACAUCAUCACAUUCAUUCACACCAUCUACAUUCUGCACAUGUCCAAUCACAGCAUAAUCAUCAAAUUCAUCUUCAUCAAGGUAUGAAUAAUUCAACUUCUAUAUCUGAUACAAAUGAUAAUCAUUCAUCAGCAUUUACAACAACUGCAUUAAUUUCUGAUAAUACAAUGAACAAUAAAUCAUUAACGCUUAAUACAUGUCUCCUUCCUCAAAUAACACCAACGACAACGACAACAGUAACGGAUACAGGAACAUUAGGGACAACAAAUUUCGGUCAUGAUUUUAAUACAUCAAAUUUUUAUACUACAGCUUACUUUAAUCUUACUAAUUCCAAUGCUAAUGUUGAUAAUAAUAGUAAUGGAAGUAAUAAUAAUGUUAUAGAUUGUACUAAUGCUAAUCAAUCAAAUGAUAUGACAAAUCAAAAUCCCACUUUAAUUGACUCAUUAUCACGACCUAGUAUACCAUCGAAUUUAAAUCAUCGAAGUAUAUCACAAAAUUCCACAUUAUGUAACUAUCAGUUAACAAAUCAUACUAAUUUAUCUGAAUCACUUUUAUUAUCAGAAGAAUUGUUACAUAAUUGUCUGGACAAUAAAAAGAAAUGUUAUGAUGAACCAGAUGGUGUUCAUUCUAUACUAACUAAGCAUUUAAGAAAUACAUCAUUUUGUUUAUCAUCUACACGAUCCCCUGAAUCAUGUGGAGCUGAAAAAUUUGUUAAAUUAGAAAUUUAGAGAGAGAAAAUAGUUUUCAAAUGAAAUCAUACUGACAUAUAUUGGUUACUUUAUUAUUCAUUUAAAUUAUCAUAUAAAGUCAAUACAAACUUUAAUUCAGUCUAAUCAACUGAUACAUUCUAAUCAAAUGAUUUGAUAUUUAUCCAGUCAUUAUUUACUUGAUCUAAUCAUGUCAAUGAGACUGUUCUUUAUUUUUCUUUCCAACAAAAAAAACAACAAACAAACAAAACAAAGCAAUAAAGAUCUACAAAUUAUUUCCAUCUAUUCAAUCUUUUAUAGACCACAAGUUUUCAUUUAUUCUAUUCAAGCAUAUGUAUGCACAUGCAUUUGUAAAAUUCAAAAUGAAAUACUUCAAGUAACAUAUAACUAACAUAUGUCUUGAUUACAUAUUAUAUAUACAUAUAUCAAUUUCAAUAUCAUUAUUUACUAUCAUUAUAUUGUACAAGAGUAUGUACAUUAUAAGCAUUAAACAGUAUAAACCAGUUAUUUGGUUUGUUUUUAUCUUCGUUUUUUUAAAAAAUUAUUAUCUGUAAUUUCUUUUUUGGUAUUUUAUUGGCUGUCGCAUUUAUUGUACGCCUUGUAUUAUUAUCAUUAUUAUUACAUGAACUCUUUUAGGAUUUCUAAUGGAAUUCAGUUUCUUUUUUCAACUUUACUGUCAUUUAAAUAACAACAACAACAACAACAUCUAAGCAUUCAUCUAUUCUUUUUUUUAGUAUUAUUAAUGCUUUUAGAAACAUUCAGAAAUGAAUAUAUUGAAGUAAUGGCAUUCUAUUGUUCAUUUUCUUAAACUCAUUCAACUUUUUUUUCAGUACUAAUACGACUAUUAUUAUUAUUAUUAUCAUUGCUUUUUAUCGAUACACUUAAACAUAAAAUUUUGAUUAUUUUUCCGCAUUAUUUUCUGUUUUUUUUAUACAUAAAAAUUUUGUUUCCUAUUUUCUUGGCUUUAUC